AUGAUUGUGCACAAAUUUCUUUCUCCCUCUAUAUCUCACUUUUCUUUCUUUCUUUCUUUCUUUCUUUCUUUAUUAACUUUCUUCCCUUUCCAAAAUUUCUUUCUUUACUUUUCAAGCUUUCUUUUCUUCUUUCUUUAUUUCUUUUUUUUCUUUCUUCCUUUGUUUCUUUCUUUCUUUGUUUCAACUUCUCUUUCUAAACUUUCUUUCUAUCUUUCUUUCCUUCCUCGAACUUCACUUUGGAAUCUUUGUACUUUACUUAUCCAACGUUCUCUCUUUCAUUCUUUCUUUCUUUCUUUCUCUCUUUCCAAUUUUUCCUUCUUUCUUUUCUUUCUUUGUUUAUUUUCUUUUUUCUUUCUUUCUUUCUGUUUCCCUUUGCAAGCUUUCUUUCCUUCUUUCUUUUUCUACUUCAUUUUCUUCUUUCCUUCUUUCUUUCUUUCUUUUUGCUUCUCUUUCGAAACUUUAUUUUUCCUUCCUUUUAUCUUACCUUUCAGUCCUUCUUUCUAUUUCAUUUUCUUUCUUUCUUUCUUUCUUUCUUUCUUUCUUUCUUCACGCUUUCAUACUUCUUUCUUUCUUUUUUCUUUUUUCAAUUCUUUUCUUUCUUCAAUUUUCUGUAUUUAUUUCCUUAUUUCUUUAUCACCAGUUUAUUUGAAGCUUUUCGUUUCUUUCUUUCUUUUUUUCUUUCUUUCUUCUUCUCUUUCCAAACUUUCUUUUCUUCUUUUUAUCUUAACUUUCCGUUCUUCUUUCUUUAUUUCUUUCUUUCUUUCUUUCUUUCCAAACUUUAUUUUUUCGUUCCUUUUAUCUUAUCUUUCAGUCCUUCUUUCCACUUCAUUUUCUCUUUCUUUCUUUCUUUCUUUCUUUCUUUCUUUCUUUCUUUCUUUCUUUCCAAGUUUUCUUUUUUUUCUUACUUUUAUCUUACCUUUCAGUCCUUCUUUCUACUUCAUUUUCUAA